GCUUAAUCCGACUCGGCUCGGCCCGUUUAUCCUCAAAUUAGCUAACCAUCAACGCUCUCGCCGCGCCGGUGACGGAAAAGACAAUGGUUAUCUUGACUCCAAGUGACCGACUCCGAACGUAAUCGUGCCGUCGAAGCAACAAAUCUCACUCGUGGAUCCAUACAUCAAAUUCUCGCGGCUCGUAUCUUCUGCGUUUCCCAUCUCUUCCUUCUUAAUAGAACUUUUGGGUCGUUUCUACUAUCGAUCUAAAACCUUAGCAAGAUGGUGAAACCCUCCGAUUUCAAAGCAGUUCACAGACUUCUUCAAUCGCAUUACAGUCGAGCCAACCCUGUCACAGUGAGCCGGUCAAAGCUCUACACUUCCUCUUCUCCGGCUUUUCCUUCAAAUGGGGUUUCUCAGCUUCAGCCAAAGUCCAGUUUCCACAGCUUCUCGUCGAGACCCACUUCGAUAAACCUUGGCUUAUCCCAGAUUCUAUCCCGUCCUAAGCUCGUACCUAAUUUGCAGAUUUGCGGAGUGGCCUUGGUUAAGCCCCGCGUUAAUUUGAACUUUGCGUCGGCUUUUAGAUUGUUUUCAAGCUCUGGGUUUGGAAAAGUCGAUGGGAGUUUCGCUAGGAAGGUUGUUGACAAGCCAAUCAAAGCUGUUAGCUCGACUUUUGGUAGAUACAGAGAGGCUUUAGGGCUGCACGUUGAUGCAUUUUGGAAGAAGAAUAACCUUGUGGUGUUUGGAGCAGGAGGCGUCUUUGUUUGCAUUUUACUGUGGAGGAUCAUGUUUGGGAUUGCUAGCACUUUCGUUGGUCUCUCGGAAGGAAUGGCCAAGUACGGCUUCCUUGCUCUCUCCUCUGCCAUUGUCGCGUUUGCUGGUUUAUACCUUCGCGCGAGGUUCACGAUAAAUCCUGAUAAAGUUUAUAGGAUUGCCAUGAGGAAGCUCAAUACAGCGGCUGACAUUCUUGAAGUUAUGGGUGCUCCUCUGGCAGGAUCGGAUUUACGUGCUUACGUGAUGUCAGGUGGUGGCAUUACGUUAAAAAAAUUCAAGCCAACAAUCAGGAGCAAGCGUUGCUUUCUGCUGUUCCCAGUUCAAGGUGCUGAGAGAAAGGGCCUCGUUAGUGUCGAAGUCAAGAAGAAGAAAGGCCAGUAUGACAUGAAGCUGCUGGCAGUGGAUAUUCCAAUGGCGUCUGGUCCUGAUCAACGCUUAUUCCUUAUUGGUGAUGAAGAAGAGUACAGAGUCGGUGGUGGUUUGAUCUCUGAGCUAAGGGAUCCUGUGGUAAAGGCAAUGGCAGCAGCCACGGAGUUUGAUAAUCUUGACAGAAUUGAAGAGGAAGAAGACGCGGAGAGAGAACUUGAAGAAGCCGAAAGGAAGGAACGUGAAGAAAUCGAGAGACUCGAAAAAGAAGGCUCUUAGUCGUUUAUCUCAUGCUCGCACACAAACUAAAACAUCAUCAGUGGAUAUAGAAACAUCACCGUGAAAUCUGUUCAAAAGCCCUUACUCUCUCAAACUUUUGCUUAAUAAUAAAUUUCAGAGAAGCCUGCGUUUUGUCCUCUGUAAACCGGUUUUGGCUUGAGGGGAGGAUAAAGGUAUUGUCUUUUUCGGUUAGUACCGGUUUAAGCAAAAAAAGAAAACCAAUACAGAAAAGUCAAGGCUGUAUGAGACUAUCAUAUCUAUGUUGUCUUUGACCAAAUUUUCUAUAUUACAAAAUUAGCAAUCAGUUAUUAUGGUUCAUCAAAACCACCUGCAUCUUGAAGAUGAUAUAGUUUCCCAUCGAAGAAAGAAAAUUGUGAUCUUCGAUCUCUUGCCUUUAGGGUGAAACUGUUCUGAAUGUAAGAACACAAAUCAUCUAAUUAAAGCUGCAAGGAUUUAGAGCCAAUGAGGCAGUGAGAAGCAAAUCUUGGAUUUGAAAGUGUAAGAACUCCUUCUUGUAGAUCUUGGAGUUGAUGGGAAAACGUUGUGUAAGAACUCCUUCUUGUAGAAAGUUAUGGUCAUGCAUAUGCUGCUGCAGAAACAACAACAACAGUAAGGCUCAAACCCGAAGCCAACACGGGUCCAAAGGAAAGGUCCAUCCGGUAACCAAAAUCGAGAAAUGGGAAGAAAAGAUCACUGAAGCUAACAACAACGGCAAGAUCCUCGUGGUGUAUUUCAGCGCGCCGUGGUGUGUACCUUGUAAAAAGAUAGAACCAGUAUUCAAAAAACUUUCUUCUAAAUACCCUUCAAUGAUAUUUGUAACCAUUGAUGUCGAAGAACUCGCUGAGUUUAGUGAUGAAUGGAAUGUGGAAGCUACACCAACUAUCGUGUUCCUUAAAGAUGGAAGACAAAUGGAUAAGCUCGUUGGUGCUGAAACCUCAGAGCUUCAGAAGAAAACUGCAGCAGCUGCAGAUCUCCUUCUCAGAAAACCAUAACUCCAAAAAACACACAACAGAGUUAGGUUUUUUACCAUUGUCUGUCAGAAAUUUGUUCAGAGAAAUGGUUUCAAGAAGUUACUUGCGGGUGAAGUAAGUGUCAAAGGAGAAGAGUUUGGUGAUGAAUGUUUAUAGUAGGAGCCAUGGUUUAAUUCUUUUUUAAUUAGAGAUCUUUUGUGCAGAUGCAUCUGCUUUCUCUUUUACUGUAUUACCAAAUGGUUCUAAUCCUUCCAACACCAAACGAAUUUCUCCUUGUGCAUAUUUGUUUAAAAUUCUUUAUUAAUUUUACACAUGAAUUUUUUUUUUCUA